CCAGUUCCCACUUCCCAGCAGUUCUAACAACGAGGUAGAAAACCGAAACCACCAACUUCGCAAUAUUUACUGGCAAUAUUUAUUAUAAUAACGGCUAUGUUUUUCAAACGCUUGAAACUGAAAGUUUCUAAUCCUCUCUUAAAUCGCAUAAACUCAUUUUAAUCUCCAGAUAAUUAUUUGAUCACGGCAACAAGUUGAAGUUACACGCCAUUUCCUUCUUAAUUCAUCCAUCGAUUCUUCUUCAUCAUCAACAACAAACUCUCCCUCCGGGAAAAAUGAAUGAUCUGAUGACUAAAUCUUUCUUGAACUACGUGGAACUGAAGAAACAAGCCCAAAUGGACAAUGAACCCGAUGAUCAGGACAUAGAAUUAGGCCACCUCAGCAAUGAAGAUUCAUACAGCCUCUCCCUGUUCUUCCAACAAGUUGAAGAAAUCAAGACAGACAUAAAAGGGAUCAAAGAUCUCUUCUCUGAUCUGCAAUCCCUGAACGAAGAAACCAAAACCACCCAUAGUGCCAAACUUUACCGUGGUUUGCGGGACAGGAUGGACUCGAACAUGGUCACCGUCCUCCGCAAGGCCAAAUCUGUCAAAACCAAACUACAAACACUCGACCAAUCAAUCUCCGGUCAUCAAAAGGGGACCACGGCUGACCGAAUCCGACUUUCC